UGCCAUGACAAGGUUUUAGUGUUGUUCUGUUUACUGGACGAACGAUAAACUCAUCAACGGACCUAAAUUUGCACAAGAGAUACGUCUAUUAAAAUGCGCAUCUGCAUAAAACCAAACAGUACAAAAUUCCAAAGUGCAAGAAAAUCGUAACACUGCCAUCUAUUACCGACAUUGUGGCACAAAGCUGUUAGAGACUGAAGCGAGGAUUUCAAAAUGGCGAUGGCGGCGAUUCUCAGUCGAGCGGUGCUUGCUACUACCAGAUGCGCAGGGGUUCGUGCAGCUUCGGUCGCCCCUCAGUACAACAGUCCCGGAUGUCUGCGUCCACCUAUAACGUCAGGUAUAACUGUAUAUAUCUGCAGCUUUCUCGGCAGUGGAAGCAAUGACCUAACCCAACAGCAUCAGUGGAUCCAUCGCUCGCUCUACACCCAGUACCCCACCGAGAAUCCCUCCCUCAUCCCCGGGUCCGUCGCCUCGAUUCGCCGGUCCCUCAGCACCGACUCCUCGCAGCUGGAAGACGCCGACAAUGUCUACUUUGACGGCUUGCUGAAGCGCGUCGAGAGCGGUGACAUGCAGAUGAUUGACGUCAGAGAUGCCUCAGAGAUUGAGGAGUUUGGGACAAUCAUCAAAGAUAUCUGUCACAUCCCUGUUCUUGAUGUAGAGGCCGCACUGCAGCUACCAGACGGCGAGUUUCGUUCCAAAUACGGGCGCGGCAAGCCGCAGAAGUCAGACGACAACAUCGUCUUCACGUGCAAGAAGGGCAUCCGGAGCCUGAAGGCGCGGGACACUGCGCGGAGCUUGGGUUAUUCAAAGGCAAGGCAUUAUCCGGGCGGAUGGAUGGAAUGGGGCAGGAAGAACAACCUGCCUUACCCGAAGGAAUAGAGAGGAGAAAGAAAAGGAAAAAAGGAAAAAUGAGGAAAACAUGAGGGCACUGUGUUCUUAUCCCCCAUUCAGGUCGUUCAAAGUUAAAUGUGCUUAUUGUUGAUCUGGAAUCAUUUGCUGGUUUCGUAAAUUAUACUGAAAUAUUAAUUAUAAAAUAUAUUGCUUUAUGAAAAUUAAAUCAUGUUUAUAGUAUUUCUUUAAACACUAGUUUUGAAAGUAUUACAAAUCACCAGCAUUUUAUAAAAUAAUGAGAAUGUUACUUGCAUUGAGCGAUUUUUAAGCCAAAAUUAUUUUGUCAUACAAAGUUGCAUACAAUGUAUUAUUCCAACUUGUCUGAAUAUCGUAUUUCAGUUUAGGCUAUAUCGAGAGGGAAAAAUGUCGAAAUCCAUUCGUACAAUAAUUUACAGAAAAAUUCACGACCUUAUUUCGUUCAAUGCUUAUCUAAUUCUAAUCAACAAUUUUUAAUUUUUAUUAAACGUACAAGUUAAUAACGCAAGGAAACAUUGAUGCGUUUUUUGCAGUUAGUCAAGAUUAAAAUAAAAUGCACAAUGA